AUGAUGUUCAGCUGAUUCCUGGAUUACAGUAUUUCUGUGGAGGGUAGAACAUAGAUUUUACUUUGUAAUCUCUUUGGUGCAAGAUAGUUAAGAUGUUUGAUUCUGGACAGAAAGCUCAAUACAUGGAUGGUCAAAAAGAAAAGUUUGUGAGGCUUGAAGAAUCAAGCCCUACAUUGUCAUUUGCUUCGGACACAGAUAGGAGGAACAACACAUUUAACGUUGAGGGAUUUGGUCGAGGAUCACGCACAUCAUUCAAAUUCUUAAAGGGAGGAGUGAGAAAGGGAUCUGAGGGACUUAAGUUUCUUGGUCGAUCACUUAGAUUUGGUGCUUCUAGGGAAGUUUUUCCUGAAGACCUCAAAAGUUCUAUGAAGACAGUUUUUGACCCUCAAGAUAAAUUUCUGAUCCUAAUGAAUAGGCUUUUUGUCAUAUCUUGUAUUCUUGCAGUAGCAGUGGAUCCUUUGUUUUAUUAUCUUCCUAUAAAUGAUGAAAAUGAAAUUUCAACUUGCCUAGGAAUAGACCAGAAGUUAGCUGUUGCAUCUACAACAGUGCGGACAAUCAUUGAUUGUUUCUAUCUUAUUCGUAUGGUUCUUCAAUUUCGUACUGGUUAUAUUGCCCCAUCUACCCGUGUUUUUGGUAGAGGUGAACUUGUAAUUGAUCAAGCACAGAUAGCAAAACAUUACCUGAGAAGCAACUUCAUUAUUGACUUCCUGUCUGUCCUACCACUUCCACAGAUUGUAGUUUGGAGGUUUCUUCAUAGAAAUAAAGGGUCAGAUGUACUGGCUACAAAAAAUGCAUUGUUUGUUAUUAUUCUACUUCAAUAUAUCCCUAGAUUAUGCCGCAUUAUUCCUUUGACAUCUGAGUUGAAAAGAACAGCUGGUGUCUUUGCCGAAACUGCUUGGGCUGGUGCUGCAUAUUAUUUAUUGUGGUUCAUGCUAGCUUGUCAUGUUGUUGGUUCCUUCUGGUACUUAUUGUCGGUUGAGCGAGAAGAUGAUUGUUGGCAGUCAGCUUGUAAGCAACACAGCGAUGUGUGUGUCACAAAUUACUUAUACUGUGGCAAUGAGCAUCUUGAUGGUUAUGAAAAGUGGAAGAAUGCCAGUGCUCAGGUUCUUGGUCUAUGUACCCCUGAUGAUAACAAUAAUUUCUUCCAAUUUGGAAUCUAUGGCCAGUCAUUGACUUCAGGUAUUGUGGCAUCCAAAAAUUUCAUUUCCAAGAUCGCUUACUGCUUCUGGUGGGGAUUGCAGAAUGUAAGCACUCUUGGCCAAGGGCUGCAGACGAGCACUUAUGUUGGGGAGGUUAUCUUCUCGAUCGUAGUCGCUGUUCUCGGACUCGUACUCUUCGCCCUCAUCAUCAGUAACAUGCAGACAUAUCUCCAGUCAAUGACAAUUCGUCUUGAAGAGAUGCGAGUUAAGAGACGUGACUCGGAACAGUGGAUGCAUCACCGUAUGUUACCGCCGGAACUCAGAGAAUGCGUUCGCCGAUAUGAUCAGUACAAGUGGUUGGAGACUAGAGGAGUGGACGAAGAAGGUUUGGUUCAGAGCCUUCCGAAGGAUCUUCGGCGGGAUAUCAAGCGCCAUCUUUGUAUGACCUUGGUUAGGAGGGUCCCUCUGUUUGAGAAUUUGGACGAGCGUUUGCUCGAUGCAGUUUGCGAACGACUCAAACCUAGUCUGUACACAGAGAACACAUACAUUCUGAGAGAAGGCGACCCCGUCGACGAAAUGUUUUUUAUCAUUCGCGGCCGCUUGGAGAGCAUAACCACUGACGGAGGAAGAAGCGGGUUCUUCAACCGGACUCUCCUGCAAGAGCGUGAUUUCUGCGGCGAGGAGCUCUUGACCUGGGCAUUGGAUCCAAAGGCCGGUUGCAACCUACCCACUUCCACGAGGACAGUGAAGGCGCUGAGCGAAGUCGAAGCGUUCGCACUGAACGAUGAUGAGCUCAAGUUCGUGGCAAGCCAGUUCAGGCGCCUCCACAGCCGGCAGGUUCAGCACACGUUUCGGUUCUACUCACAGCAAUGGAGGACAUGGGCGGCUUGCUUCAUUCAAGCCGCGUGGAGGCGCUACGUCAAGAGGAAGAUGGCCGAGCUGCUACAAAAGGAGGAGGAAGAAAGGCGCAGAAAUAACUUGGCCAAAGGCACGACCAGCCUCGGUGCAGCCAUCUACGCAUCGAGAUUUGUUGCCAAUGCGAUGCGAGGCGUCCAUCGGCUCCGGAACCGGAGAGCGAUCGGAUUGGUGAGGUUGCAAAAACCGCCGGAGCCUGAUUUCACGGCAGAGGAUGCUGAUUGAAUCAAACUCCCUGGUGGGGGAAGUGUG